UAUAUGGAAUUAGAUCUCACCCUUAUAUUGAAAAGACAGGAUAAGAAGAAAUGAACUACAGAUCCCUCAAGGCAAUAUUUGAUGCAUGAGCACUGAACGCCUCUUAGACCGUUUCCAAGGCGAUGGAUCUAAAUAUUUGAUACAGUAUCCAUUCGAUUCCUGUGAACCAUUGUGGCGCAGAUUGUGACAGUUCGAUGCAACAAAUCUUUCGAGUCCUGCUCAUUUCAGAAGCUACACAUGAUAUCAAACCAUUCAGAACAACAUUAAUUAUAGGAGGUUUUACAGCCACCUCCAGGUCCACUGUGAAAAUACUUGGACUCACAAGGAUGCAAAGAAGUUAUAUUGCUCAGCAUGGCAAGUGAAAAAAGUUUGAAAGACAGCUCCUCUGAUCAUACCCCAGGAGGACCCGAGGGAGAAUCUCCUACAAGCAGUAGCAUUUCCAGUAAUCAGGCAAAUAACAGCAUCAAAAGCAACAAGUGUCAAAUAAAUAGUGGGUGCACAGAGUAUUCUGAGGAUUUUGAAGAUCACAGCAGUAUCACAGAGUCAAUCAAAGCAAUGUGUGCUAGAAGCAAACAGCAACAAAAAGAGAAGAAAAGUAUUCACAGGAACAACAGCCGAAGCAAUCCAAAAAUAGCACAAACAAAACCAACAUUUAAAAUGCUGCAACACCUGAACCAUUCAACAUAUAAGAAUAAACCACAGAACUGUUCUAAACCGGACACUAGCGGGCAAGAGGUUGAUCCAGUGACCCGCCACAUAUUGUCAGCCAGGCUGCACAAAACUAAAGAGUUGAAGAAUGAGGUGUGUGAUCUUCAGCGGGAACUGGAAAAUGCCAAGCUGGAAAACAGACUGCUCAGGCAGCUCCAGUACAGACACAUGAGGGCAUUGGUCAAGUUCGAGAAUGAGCAGAAUAACUUACCCCAGCUUCUGAGCAGGCACGAGAGUGAAGUGCGGAUGUUGAAAGAAAUGCUGCGAAAGUCAAAAGAGCAAGAUCGGAAUGUGUCGAAGCAACUGAAAGAGGCAGAGUCAGAGCUGUGGAAGACCAAGAACUCUCUACAGAAGCUAAAGGUUCUCUGUGACAAGAAGAACUUGCAAGAGCGGGAUGAGCUAACAUGGAAACUAACAAAUCUCACAAAAAAACUUGAACUCGAUCAGCAAAAGAUCCAGGACCUGGAGAAAAUUCUGGAAUUAAAAGGUAAAAGUUUCAAUCAUCAGCUGGCUGCAGAACACAGAAAGACACAGGAGGCCCUUGAUCUGGCAAAGAAGCUAGAAUUGGAGCAACGCACCCUGAAUCAAAUGCUUACGGAAAAAGAAAGGCAGCUAGGGGUAAGAAACAUCUAUUCUAAUCGGAUGCUGCUGGAUCAUUCAAAGAACAAUCGGUCAUCGCCAAGACACAAAGCUGAAAAUGUGGCCAAAGCAAUACAGACAGAAGAAUCUUUGUCUCCCAUCACUUCCUUUUCUCCUCAUAAUGUCCUUCCAAAUUUAGAGAAGAAGCCUGUACAUAGUGAGAAGGAAGCACCAAAUGAAGCUGAUGAUGAUUGCAAAGCAUCAAAAAGACAACUCAGAAAGGAAGACAGUGAAUUAGAUUCUGAGAUGGAGAGACUAAGAAAAGAAUAUGAACAAGCAGAGAGGAGAUGGAAGGAGAUGACAGAAAAUGAUAUCUUAGAAAACCUCGAAAGAGAAAAAAGAGAAAAACAGGAGAAGGAACAGAAAGAGACAGGAGAAGAACAAGACGCCAAUGGAAGAGAGCAGCAAGAAACAAUGGAGGAAAACAAAGAGGCAAAUGAAUUACAACCGGACGAAAUCAAGAACAUAGGUGAAACAUUUAUAGUAAAUGACAAUGCUGAUAAAACUCCUGCUAGAUUCAGAAGGCGCUAUCGGUUCACAGAGCAAAUUGAAAAUCUCCACCAAGGACUUCCUGUUUGCAAAAUAUCUUAUGCUACCCAUAUCAGCAACAAAAAAAGGCAAGACAGGCAAGAAAGUAAGGAGUUUCCUGACUUAAACUCUUCCUUCAGUGGUUAUGAGCCAUCCUUUGCGAAGUUGUGCAAUCGAUCGAAUGAACUGAGGCACCAAGUUGGGAAAGGCCCAAAUGAAAAAUCUGAAAAUUGUCUUCGGUCAACGUCAAGAAAUGAUACAAAAAAUAGCCUUAUUGAAAAAUUAUUUAGAUCAAGCAGUACUUUAGAAAAUAAACCCUCCAAAGGUGAUGAAGCUAAAGCCACAGACAAACUAAAACAGCUACAAAGAAAUAAACAGACAAGUCGAAUUCAGGUUACUAACAAGAAUAGGUUAAAUGUUCUGGAUCCUGACUUGCUGCCUGUGAGAGUUUUAGAACCAUCCACAGACGAAAGUGAAAAAUUGGUUUUACAAUCUUUACAUAAAUAAAAAUAAGAAUAUAGACUUCUGUUAAGUUUUAUUAAGGUUGUUGUAGCACACUUCUCUCCAGAAAUUGAGAUAAAUGGAAACAAUUGCCAUUCUGAAGGUUUUUCUGAUGAGAAUGCAUAAGGGAAAGAUGUCGUCCCUAAUGUCUAAAGUAAUAAACAAUUGUUAGAAUAUUUUACAACUUGUUUGCACACAUUUAACAUUUUCCUAUAUGAAUAGUCAACUCAGAAAUCCAUUUGUAAUAGCAUUGCUGAUGUAAUGCAGGUAUGCUUUAAGAUGGGUACCCAGUAUAACUGGCAAGCUCGAGUUAUAUUAUUAGUUCUGCGUUUUUCAUUGCCCAUACUAAUCCAGUUAAAGAUGAUUCAGGAUCAACAAAGAAUCUUAUAUAGAGGUCAGUUUGCUGCCAGUAUUCAACAGUUCAAAAGUGAAAUUUAAAUGGUUAUCAUGUGCCACUCGUAAAAGUUUGUUCUGCAAACCGAAGCCAAACAGUAUCUGAUUAAAUAUGUUGUAUCAUUUCAAGAGAUGUUACUUGCCUAACUGCCCUCAGUUUGUAUCAGUGAGAAACCAUGAUCCUCUGCACUGACAUAAGAUGUGCAGUAUAUUUCAUUCAGUAAUGAGUUCUGUUGGAGACUGCAUUGGGUUCCACCCAAUUUGAUGAUGUUACACAUUUCAGGCUGGAGAUCUGCUGAGUCCAACUCUAGAUCCCAAUGGUGUCAGACUUCUCAUCUCUGGCUUCUGAUAGUCUUUGUCAUAAUGUCUAACUAGCCAACAUGUAUCUAUUGCUAUCAUGCAAUAAA